GGCCCCGCACACGCCCCGCCCCGGCUCCGCCUCCCGCGCCUCCUCGGCGUCGCGGUGCCACCAGCGGGCCGCCGCGCGCACAGGGCGAUGGCGAAGCUGCUGCUGCUGCCGCUGCUGCUGCUGGUCGGGACGCGGGGGGCGGGCGCGGUGCCCGCAGCCCCGCCGCUCUUCAACGUGAGCCUGGACGACCCCCCAGCGCAGCGCUGGCUGCCCGUGCUGCGGCGCUACGACCUGGACUUCCUGCGCUCGGCGAUGGCGCACGUCGUGGGGGAGACCGUGCCCAAGUGGGUCCACACGGUGAUCCAGAAGGGGGUCGGGGAGCUGGAGCGCUUCCUGCCCCCGCAGUUCAUCGACGAGACCCGCGGCAUGUGCGACUUCCUGAACUUCAGCCUGGCUGACUGCCUGCUGGUGAACCUGGCCUACGAGUCCUCGGCAUUCUGCACCAGUAUAGUGGCUCAAGACUCCAGAGGCCACAUUUACCAUGGCCGAAAUUUGGAUUAUCCUUUUGGAGACUUCUUGCGCAACAUGACCUUGGAUGUGCAAUUUAUAAAGAAUGGGAAGGUUGCAUUCACGGGAACCACUUUUAUUGGCUACGUGGGGUUAUGGACGGGUCAGAGUCCGCACAAGUUUACAGUUUCUGGCGACGAACGAGACAAAGGCUGGUGGUGGGAGAACAUGAUCGCUGCCCUAUUCCAGAGACACAGCCCGGUCAGCUGGCUUAUCCGCACGACCCUGAGUGAAUCGGAAGACUUUGAAGCCGCUGUUUACAGGCUGGCUAAGACUCCCCUCAUCGCCGAUGUUUACUACAUUGUGGGGGGCACAAACCCCCGCGAGGGAGUGGUCAUCACACGGGACAGACGGGGCCCAGCAGACAUUUGGCCUCUGGAUCCUCUAAAUGGCGCGUGGUUCCGAGUGGAGACGAACUAUGAUCACUGGAAUCCCGUGCCAGAGAAAGAUGACCGCAGAACGCCUGCCAACAAAGCCCUUAAUGCCACAGGCCAAGCGAACCUCAGCCUCGAGGCCCUUUACCAGGUUUUGUCUGUGGUUCCAGUUUGUAACAAACUCACAGUUUAUACGACAGUCAUGAGCGCUGCCAACCCAGAGAAGUACAUGACUAGGAUCAGAAAUUUGGGUUAAACACGAACAAGCAGGAGAGUAAAUUCACCUGUAUUUUGAAAGUUGCUGUUUUUAGAAAGUGACGUUUUUGAGGAGAAACUCGAAGCAAAGUGAAAGAACUGAGUGACUUUCUGAACUGACUUAGCUCCUUCCUCACUAAACUUUGCAACCGUGAAGCAUCCCUUGAAGGAAGAGCAGAGUGCUUUUGGUGAAGUGAGUAACUGACAUCUGCCAUUCAAGUCCAGAUUUGCCUGAACCCUCUCUUAACUUCUGUCCUGACUUGAAUCACUCCAGACCACUGGACCCAGGGCAGAGCAAGCCUUGGGCCUUAACCCACAACUUCUUAUAUAACAGGAAGAACUCUGUGACCGUACCCCAGCUUCCAAAGAAAUGCGUUGGUGAGAACAGUUUAUUGUCAAGUGCUUCCGGAAGAAGUCACAGACAGAAAACGAUUCUCCUGAGAGAAAUGGAUGACUCUGAUUUGAACGGAGUCUGUUUGAAUAUUAAUUCGACCUUUGACCAUGUAUGGGCUUCCCACUUUGUGCAGUGUCUCUAUGUUGAAAACAACAGCAAACCCCCCGCCCCCCCCCCAAAAAAAAAAGACUGGAGAGAUAGUACAAAGGUUAAGGUGAAUUUGCCUUUCACAUGUCUAACCUGAAUUUGAUCCCGUGCACCCCAGAGGGUCUCAGAGCAUUGCCAGGAGUGGUCCCUGAGCACUGACCAGGAGCAAGGCCUGAGCAUAGCUGGCUGGACCCACCCACCAACAAAAUUAAUUAACUUUUCAAAAACCUGGGAGAAUGAUUUCAAAAACGGAUUUGUCUGCUUCUUUGUUGCCACACCCUGUGGUGCUCAGGGCUCACUUCUUCCUUGCUGGCAAUGCUUAGGGGACCAUAUAUGGUGCCAGAUAUCAGCUGCAGCAAGGCAAGCACCUAAGCCUCUGACCUGUCUCUCUCGGGCCUUCUUGCACUGCUGCUCAAGAGCAAUACAGGACCAGUUAUUUGUAGCGGUCACUAACCAUUACUUAACAAAAUAUUAGAGAUGUUGGCAAGGAGAACUUUUUUCCAUGCCAGGAUGGCCGGCGAUGUAGCAGGAGGCACAUGCCUUGCCAGUGUGAUGCUGUGGAUUCAGACCUGGGCAUUGACAAAAAAAAUUUUUUUCUGAGCUACUUGGUGUUGUGUUCUACCUGCAUUCUUACCCUUGGAAUUCUGUGGCUCUCAGAAGAAUAAAUAUGCCAGGACUUGGGGCUGGAGUGAUAGCACAGCGGGUAGGGCAUUUGCCUUGCAUGCGGCCGACUCGGGUUCAAAUCCCAGCAUCCCAUAUGGUCCCCUGAGCACUGCCAGGGGUGAUUCCUGAGUGCAUGAGCUAGGAGUGACCCCUGUGCAUUGCUGGGUGUGACCCAAAAAGCAAAAAAAAAAAAAAAAAGCCAGGACUUACCUAAGUUGAUGAGGUUCAGAACAGAUCACUGCAAAAACGAGCAUCUUGCACGAGGGAAUAUGAGGUGGUGGGAGCAGGAAGAGCACUCCGGCCUCUCUCCUCCUUACUUCCUCCCUGAAACAGAUGGCGAAGCCCUCUCGUGAGAAGUGCCUCUCCUUUCCCCCGCAGAAAGGAGAAUCCUCAUCCCGGAGACAAAAGGAUACGCAGAAAAACCUCCAGACCAACCUCACAGGAUCCCCCGUGGUCAGCACUUACCUCAUACUUCACAGUCAUCAUUUUCUCUCCCACUUUCUACCCAUCCAACUUAGCAGCAUAUUCUCAGGUCUCACUGUCUUUUGAACUGCAUUUUCUUAGGGAGUCUCCUGUAUCAGCCGGAACUUAGUUUGAAUAAAUUUAUAUGCUUUUCUUCUG